AUGAAAUUAUUCGCCACUUUAAAAAGAAGCAACGGCAUUUUUAAAAUACAUAGGAGUGAGUAUAGCAGAAUUUACAUACACAACAGCAGUAGUGGUGGUAUUAGUAGUGGCAUCAGUAGCAACAUCAGUAGCAACAUCAGUAGCAACAUCAGAAACAACAUCAGAAGCAACAUCAGUAGCAACAUCAGAAACAACAUCAGUAGCAACAUCAGAAACAACAUCAGAAGCAACAUCAGAAACAACAUCAGAAGCAACAUCAGAAGCAGGGGUUGUCUCUCCAUAAGUUACACGCACCUGCUCCACCUGCUUAAGAAAAAAAAAAAAAAUUCAAAUGAAGCUAGCUCCCUAUACUCUUUCCUGAACACCCUGAGCAAGAGUAAGCAGUAUGACACAAAAAGAAGCUUUAACAAAAAAGAAGUAAGAGUUACAAAGGAUAAUGAACAGAUAAAUCUAUUAGAAGAUUGGAAAAAGUUAAUCAAAAUAUACAUAAGCUGGUUUCCAGAAAUUAGCGAUGAUAAGUACAAGUCUAAAUGCUUUUCCGUGCCAACAUAUUUGACCAUCCAUGUGGUGAUACCAAGUGGAAACAACACCCUAACAACGAAUUUGCAGAAAUAUGAUGAAUUUAGUUUUCACACACUUUUGAAAAAUCUUCACAUAAAGGAGGAACUAAGGUGUAGUAAGCAUGUCUUCCAUCAACGAGAGCACAAAGAGAAACAUCAGUUGGAGCAUAAUUUGAAAGAGAGAAAUCUUGCAAAUGGAAAUUACUUCGAGGGAGAGGAAGGAAAAGCUGAAGGUGCAAUGAAAAAGUCCAAAAAAAAGGAGCCUAAAAAGGAGAGAAAAAAAAAACUUAAUCAGAAGGGCGAAACAACCAUAGACAAUUUAAGUGAAAAAAAAACGAAUGAAUAUCCAAAUCAAGAAGAAAAAACAUUCCUUUCAAAAAAAAAAAAAAAAAAAAAUGACAGUUCAAGUAGUUAUGAUUUACAGUAUGUAAUUACAAGGGAUCAUAGCGGUGCGUAUAACACAGUAGAAAGAGUAAGAAUUGUUUCUUCUGAUGGUUGUGAAGAAUAUUCCUCAAGGGGGAAACAAGUGCAUGACAUUCCCAAGCGGAGUGAUGAAACAGAAGAAGAAGAAGAAAAACAAUGCAAGGCACCGGAUGAACUAUACGUCGAUCAGAAGGGAGGAGGUGAAAGGAGCUACUACUUUUCCUUCAAUGUGCUUGAAUUGAAAAAUAACAAAACUGAGAGGGAAAUACUAAAUAGAUGUAUACUUGGGAAUUUUUCAGACACAGAUAAUUUCGUUAUGAGACACGAGAUAAAUGAUAACAAGCCUAUUCCAUUUUUAUUCAUUGUGUACGAUUAUAAAACUAUGAUACAUUUGUUUAAUAAUAUAAAAUUGAAAUUACCAAAUAUGAGUAAUGUGUUUGAUAUAUAUAUAAUUAGCUCGUUAUUGCAACUUGUCCAAAGGGGUGAAAAACUACAAAAUGUGUUUUGUGAGUUUAAGGAUCAGGUUGGGAGAAGUGUGACUAGGACUCAAUCCAUUACGUCAGAAUUAAACUUAUCUGAAAUGUCAUCUCAUGGAAUGUGCCAUUUUUCCACUAUGCCUCCCGAAUUUUCAGAUGUCAUUUCUGGAAAAUAUGGAAUUUUUGGAUGGGGAAAGUAUCAGAAAAUAAAACUCCAAUAUGAGAGAGAGAAGGGCUAUUCUUACUCGGAAGUUGCUAAGCCUGCGGUUUCAAAAAAUGAUAUAAUAAUAGAUGUGCAAAAAAAUAAACAAACCGAGUUAAGAAAUGUACAAAAAGAGGAAAUAAUCGAGGAUAACGACAUAAUGUUUACAAAAUGUGUAAAUCUUGUUAAGAGCGAGAACAAGUUAUGCCAAAGUGCAGAGAAGAAAUUAUCGAAAGUGAAACAAAACCAUUUCAGCUUUACCCAAGUAAAGGUAGAGGACAAAAAUAGCAUCAAAAAAUUAGUGUUUGGAAAUAAAAGAAGUAUGCAAGAAAUUACUGAAGAAGAUAUGAUGAGUUAUUGUAUAUCUAGGAAUUGCUGUAUGAUGUUGUUAUUCAAUUUUUUAAUAGCAAAAUUUGAAAAUAACUUGAAUUUGUUAAACAUUUAUCUAAAAAUUGAACAGCCAUUAAUAUUAUGUAUUAGCGAAAUUGAAAAAAGAGGAAUUUUCUUAAAUAAAAAAAAAAUCCAGGAAAUUCAGCAAAGUUCUAAUGACCCAUUAAUAUAUAAAAAAGAAAUAGAGCAACUUUGUGAAUGUAACAUAAAUUUGAACUCAUCCAAACAAGUGGCAUCUUUGAUAUACAAAAAUUUAUUAGAGAUCACUCUUAACAGCAACAUGGGAAUAGUAGGGGAACCCACAAAUGGCGUAGUGUUACCCGGGGAGACACUGCAAAAAAAAGGUGAACAUGCGGCUGGGAGUGGGAAAAGUGGCAAGGCAUUAUGUCACAUUUCUGAUGAGUGUCUUCAGAGGAAAGGAAAUUUUGAAAACGUAAAAAAAGUGACAAGUCAAGCAGAGGAAGAAGAAGAAGAAGAAGAAGAUGAAGAAAAAGAAGAUGAAGAAAAAGAAGAAAAAGAUCCAUGCUCGAGAAUUCACAAACGUACAAACAAUAUCGAUGAAGCAAAUAGAAGAAAAGUUUUCCAAAACAUGAAUUUAGUAGGAAAUAGGACCAUGAAGAAUAAUUACACUGAGUCAAAUAUGAACCCAUCUUUAACGAGUUGUACAUCUGUUAGAAGUGAUACAACGAAUGACGCUAACUCGAUCACUAAUUUUAACAACACUAUUAAUGAUAUGAAAAGAAGUAAAAAAAUUUUCCAAACGAAUAAUAAAAUUUUGAAACUCCUUGUUGAUGAAAUUGAAAAAAAUAAGUACAUAGCUGAAAGGGAAAAGGAAAAAAUUAAAAAAAUUAUUAACAACGUAAAAUUGUACAGAGAAUCUAAGAAGCUUUUUCAGAAUUAUAUAGAGAACUUACCAAAGUUUAUACAAAAAGACACCAAUAAAGUACAUUGCAAUUUCAAUCAAAUAGGUACCUCUACUGGUAGACUCUCUUGUGAUCAGCCAAAUUUACAGAAUAUCCACUCAAGAUUUCGUUGUGCUGUAUCUCUAAAGAUGGUAGAAGUGCAAAGGGAUGAAUCUGGUAUCAAAAAGAAAUUGAAUCAUGAAUACGCAUAUCAAGAGAGAGAGAAUUUAAUCACCUUCGACUAUAAACAGAUGGAAUUGUUCGUUAUGGCAUACCUCAGUUUCGACACACAUCUGUUGAAGAUGUUGAACAGUGGGGAUGUUUUUGUCGAAACGGCCAAAGUGCUGUUUAGCACUAACGAAGUAACUAGCGAAUUGAGAAGGAUGACAAAAACGGUUAUUUACGGAAUUUUAUAUGGACAGACAGAAAGUGGAUUGGCAAGGAGUUUGCUCAUAAGUGAAGCAUUAGCAAAUGAUUUGAUUUCUAACUUUUUUCAAUUUUUCCCGAAUGUGUUUAGAUUUAUGCAGAUGCAGAAAAUUUUAUUAAAAAAUAUGAACAGAGUGUACACGCUAAUAGGAAGAAAAAGAUUAAUAGAACCCACAAUAAAAAAUAAGUAUAGAAUCAGUAUGAAUACACCAAUUCAAGGGUGUGCAGCAGAUAUUAUGAAGUUUGCCCUACUUUCAUGUUUUCAUAUUAUGUCAUAUGAUACGUAUAAAAAUGGGCCACUGCUAGAAAUAAAUAAUUUGAAUGAAUCUACAAUUCAGAAAAAUAAAACAUUUCUAAAAUCAACAAAAUUAAUUUUACAAGUUCAUGACGAAUUAUUAUUUGAAAGUAAUAAAAGAUCUACAAGCCCUAUCAUUCAUCUAUUCAAACCUGUUUUAGAAAAUGCAUUUUACAAUUUAAUACAGUACACAAAUACAUGUGACAGAUUGAUGUUACUAUAUGAUUAUAUGCACGAUAAUAUUUCAAUACAAACAUACAUAGAAUAUUUAGAGCUAGCUAAUAAUAAUGACUGUAAUUGGAAUAUCAAUUUGUGUGGUCAUAAUGAUGUGUACAAUAAUUCUCCCAAUAUGCUAAAAUCAAUUUUUGAAAAAUUUAAUUUUAUGUUACCAAUUAAGGUAGAAACCGGGGACUAUUACAAGGAGUUUUCUUAG